AUGCCUCCUAAGAUUCAACAAUCUAAGGCAGCCAAGGCUGCUGCCGCCAUGUCUGGUGGUAAAUCCAAGAAGAAGAAGUGGAGUAAGGGAAAGGUCAAGGACAAGGCCCAACACCACGUCAUCCUUGACCAACCUUUGUACGACCGUAUCUUCAAGGAGGCUGCUACUUACAAGCUCGUCACCGUCUCUGUCCUUGUCGACAGACUGAAGAUUGGUGGUUCUUUGGCCCGUCGUGCCCUCAAGGACCUUGAGGCCCAAGGUGUCAUCAAGCCCGUCAUUGGUCACAGCAAGCAAUACACUUACACCAAGGCCGAAUAA